AUGCAAGUAUUAAGGGACAUCGACUUCGGUGCUGGCCUCCUGCAAAUUUACGCUCGAACCCCACGCUAUGCAUCCCACUCGAUCCGCCUCGCUUCAUUUCAACUUUCCUCCGCUUCACCUACCGAUGAACCGUCCAAGGCUGGCAGCCUUGGUUCCCCCAGUGCCUCAUCUCUCCUGCACCAUCCUCCUCAGACGGCACCAUCGGCCGCUUUUCCGAUUAUUAAUCGUCAGCCCCUUUCACCCGAUCUCAGCCCCACAAGUCCACUUCUCGUCUUCCCAAAUGAACAGCCAAACCCUUGCACCGGGCUAUCCACUUCCUGCCCUCCGGGUUUUCUUGAGAUCUCUGCACCUUCUCCACCUCCCGGAUCACAAGCACCGGCGCCGAGACCAUCUGUGGAAACGAUGGCACCACUUUGUUGCCGCGGGGAAGUCUAUCCAUCAGCGCACGAACUUGCUUUAGCUGGCUUUUUUUCGACCGGUCGAGGUGACGAAACUGUCUGUCCGGCCUGCGGCCUCGGUUUGAGAGAUUGGCAGCCAACUGACCAGCCUGUGGCUUGUCACGCCGCUUAUGCUAUGGCAGCCGGGUUCAGUACGGCCACACUUGCCGGCGCACCCAGUCUACCCUGCCUAUAUAUUGCUGUGCACCGGUUACUCACCUCGGAACUGCCUUUAACCCGCAAGCAACUGAUCACAGUAUCGGAGGGAAUUGUAACAAACGACCCCCCUCGCUCUAGGAUCCAAGGCUGGCGAGGGCGCACUGAGUCACUCGCGAGCCACAUGUUGCCAGGCGUUAUUGACCAACCAACUAGUUGGUUAGCUGAUGAUAAUUGGAACCUAGUGACGGCGCUAUCGUGUGGGCGAAGGGCACGAAGACAGCGAACCACUUCGUGUGGCCUACCAGACGAUGCUGAUGAACAGGGUGGGGAGGUGGGAGAUAAUGAUGAAGGGUAUCCAUCACUAGCCGAUCGACUACGCGCCAUCUAUAAAUUAGUAGGCAGUGUCGGACAAUCGGCAGGACCACAGAUAUGGCCAGUGCAAAACGCCCGAUCUCUGGGCCAUAGCGACGAUCUAAUUGUACUUGCUCUCUGGCGAAUGCAACAGGAUGCCGCCAAAUCGCCCGUCUCCUUCCCACCU